AUGACUUCCGAACCGACAGAGGAAGCUAUCACGAACUUCGUUAGCUUCACCAGCACUUCGCGGGAGCAGGCGAUCAGCUUUCUCAAGGCAAACGACCUCAACUCGAAUAAAGCUAUCAACGCCUACUUCGAAGAUCCGACAGGCCCUCAGACACAGACGACCAGCUAUCAAAAUGACCCAGCUUUCAAAAUCGAACAUUCAGAUCCGGUGGCUAGUGCGGCUUCAGCUGCCCCUCCUUCGCGCCCACCGUCCAGAUUGAACCUGAACGAUCCAGCGAAAACAACUCAGCAACAGGGUGGAGUUGAAGCGUCCGCACCAAGCACGAAGGCAGAUAACAAACAAGGCUUGACACUGGCAGAACGUGAGGAACGCGAACUUCAACAAGCAGUAGCCAUGUCAUUAAACCCGAACCUUGGGCAGCAGGAGACCGGGGUCACAGGCACGGGUCAAUCGAGCUUUGGAAAGGCCACUCGCGAUAACUAUGACGACGGUGAAUGGGCCAUGACUUUAUUCGACUCCAGUGCCCGAGAAAUUAUUAUCAGUCCAGACCCGGGGGAGCGAAAGAGGGUGGAUAACGAGCCCGCGUUUAUUCGCCCAUCACAAGAUAGCCUGCAUCUGGGAGGACUUUUGACGAUUCUCCAUUCAAUUCCCCUGGCCAGGGAGGCUCUUUUGCUACGGAAUCGGGUUCUCUCUGACUACGGUCAUGACUCGCAGUGGUGGAAUGGACAGCCAAUCAAUCUUCCGAAAAUCGUGACUAUCCAAGACGCGCAGGAUGGCGACACGGACUGGGAUGAUAUUCUCCAUGAGACUCAGAGACUUAUUGCAUUCUUAGACUCUACAGAUCGAGCUUUCGGCAGUAGCGAUGCUCUGGCAAGUCUCAAAAGUAUGUCCACCUUCAGCUCCGAAGGAAGUAUCGGCAAAUUUUUAGAAUCAUGGCAAGAAUCUGCCGUUCGAGCAGACCCGGAAAAUCAGCUGGCGACUAUUUUCCAAUCAAAGGCGCUUAAAAGGCCACUUUCAGUGUACGAUGAACCGGUUGAAAAAGAAUUUUCCAACCUUGAAGCCUUUGUCGAACCUGAACACGGUCAAACGCUCUACGAUGUCCUGGAUCGAACUAUGUGGUCAGACAGGCCCGGUGAAGAGCUUGACGAUGUGUGGUUAGAACAUAUUGCUGAGGUUUUUACUAUCAAGUUGGAGGGUUCGACCCAGUCUGUUGACGUGAAAAUUCCCGCCGUCUUCUACCCGGAUCGAUAUCUCGCCAGCUGCAGAGAUCUUGCCCGUGAUUUCCGUACGCAGAGACUUCAAAUCUUUGAUGAAGUCUAUAAAAUGGAAAGGCUCAUGAACCACUUCAAUGUUUCGAAAUCUGCUGUUAUCCGAGGACUUACGUCCAAGGAGAUUUUGGAAAAGGCUGCUGCUGCUGCUCCUUUACUCCUACCAAAAAGCGUUGCCAACGGAGCAAAUGGAUUAUCCCUGACCCCUGAGGAAUCUACUGCGGAGGCUCAACGAUUGGCAAAUGAGUUGAAAACGGUAUCUGACAAAAUCGAAGCCAAGUUAAAGGAAUUGGAACUUAGAAAGCAAAGUGCCAUGGAAACUCUUCGGGGAUAUUCCAAGAUGCUUACCGAGCCUUCAACUUCUCCAGCGGAACCUCCUCAUCAUGCGUACACUCUCCGUGGUGUAUGCACCGAGCCGCAUGUGACCUAUGUUCUGAGACGCCGUGGUGCGGACGGUGCUGAAGAUGCGAUGGAUACAGCAGAGAAUGAAUGGCAAUGGUGGCGUAUCAGCUUUUCGACAGACGAUGCAAAGACACGACAGGCAGAAUCGAACACAUCUAGCAGCUCGGCGUCCAAAAACGCAGACGUCAUCGGCUACACUGCACGCAAAGUCCGGGAAGUUGAGGUCCUUCGAGCGGCCCGUGAAGAGUCAAACACAGCGUUGCUUGUCUACGCAAAUAACAAUGCACUGGGCGUUCAAGAAGAGCCGAUUCCUCCUCAGCUUAAGAAUUUUGUGGACAUUGAUAACCGAUCAUUCGAGGCCGAGUUUCAGGACGCAGAAGAUUUUGGACACCAAGGGGAGGGCGGAAAUUCGCAGGACGUAGGCUCUACAAACCCGGAUCAGGGACUACCAAAGGCGGGUCCUGAGGUGCCUCCCCGCCCUAACGUGAACGUGUUUGAUUAUGAAGUUCGCUCUUUUGAUGAUGAAGAGAAAUCAGGGCAAGAAAUGGAGGAGAGAACCGGGGGAGGGUUGCUGAGCCACGGAGGUAUGACGGCCACUGGACAGCCAUCGGGGUCUGCAGGUCCUGACUGGGAUGAGAUUGGGGAUGGGGAAACGAGUCAUAUUGAGCAGGCGAAGUGA